AUGGUCAUCCGAGACAUCAGAACGAGAUGGAACUAUACGCACGCCAUGAUCAAGCGAGCAGAAAUGCUGAGAGAGUCCAUUAAGCACUGGGUCUUUGAUACAGAGGAGAUGCAAGGUGUGACACUUACUGACAAGGAUUGGAUCGAGCUGAAGCAUAUUGGUGAUAUCCUGGAG